AUGGCGAGCCCCGGCCUGGGGCUGCUCCUGGCGCUCGGCCUGCCACUGCUGCCGGCCUCCUGGGACCAGGUCUGGGGACAAACACUGGAGCCCUCCCAAGUAACUCAGAACAUCACCAUUACUCCCGCUGGGCCCAGCUCGGAUGGAGCCCUGUCCCAGGAGGCCAUCACCGCCAUCAUCGUGGUCUUCUCCAUCCUGGCCGCCCUGCUCCUGGCUGUAGGGCUGGCGCUGCUGGUGCGGAAGCUGCGGGAGAAACGGCAGACGGAGGGCACCUACCGGCCCAGCAGCGAGGAGCAGUCGUCCCAUGCAGCUGAGGCCCGGCCUCCACAGGACUCGAAGGAGACGGUGCGGGGCUGUCUGCCCAUCUAG